AUGAUGCAUCAGAUCAAUGCUUGCAAUGGGAGGCAGUGUGGAGAAACAUUUAAAGGACCCAAUUCACCAAACAAACCUGCAAUAUGGACUGAGAACUGGACUAUCCACAGAUUACGAAUUAACUUUCAGCUGCUCCCUUUGUAUAGUUAUCAAACAUAUGGUGAAGACACAUUGAUGAGGUCAGCUGAGGAUAUAUCAUUUCACGUUGCUCUAUUCAUUGCCAAGAAUGGAAGUUUCGUAAACUACUACAUGUAUCAUGGAGGAACAAACUUUGGAAGAAAUGGAUUACUUAGGCAACCAAAAUGGGGACACCUUAAGGAAUUACAUGCUGCAGUUAAGCUGUGUGAAAAGCCUCUGUUUUCUGGACUGCGAACGACAAUAUCUUUGGGAAAGCUAGAAACUGCUUUUGUGUUUGGAAAGAAUGCCAACCAAUGCGCUGCCUUAUUUGUGAACCAAGACAAAAAUGAUUCUACUGUGAAGUUUCUUAAUUCUUCAUACCUUUUGUCUCCAAAAUCGAUAAUUGUCCUCCAGACUGCAAGAACGUAG